UCUUUUUUUUAAUCUUUAGGGUCGACUAUAUUAUUAUCGAUGUUCAAACAAACUGACCAUUACCGUCGUCAAAUGUUGUAAAGAAAACCCCUUCAACGUCAUCGUAUAUUUCUUCAACUUAACCGCAUGAGUCGUUUACGAGGAAAGAAGUAGUGGGCGUUUAGUUGUAGAGCUCUAGCUCUAGUGGGCGUUGAGAAGGCAGGAGGCUAAUCUGACAGAAGUGAGGUGACAGUUAAACUCAUGGGACACGGCGCAGUGUGUUGUGUUCUUUAGCAGAUGUAUAGGUAGCCCGCCAGGUGUUUGUUUCUUGGCAGUGUUAUAUCUUCUGGCCGUUAACUUGUUUCUUGUUCGCAUUUCCUGGACCUUAUCCAACGGUGGCCAUGAGUGGUAUGCCAGUGUGGGCGAGAGAAGAGCAGAAGAAAAAGAAGAAGAAGAGGACGACGCAGGAUGGAGGAGAGGGAGAGGGAGAGGACGGUGGUAGUGAGGGGGAGGGGGAGAGAGAGGGGGAGGGGGAGGGCCAAGAGGAGGACCCCCCCUGGUGUGAGGAGCGCGUGGAGGAGUGGUGGGAGCGCAUCGAGGGCGUGCGCCACAAGCUAACGCGCAUCCUCAACCCGGUGAAGAUGACGCCCUACCUGCGGCAGUGCAAGGUCAUCGACGAACAGGACGAGGACGAGGUGCUCAACUCCGUGCUGUACCCGCUGCGGAUCAGCAAGGCCGGUCGCCUGCUGGACAUCCUCCAUAAGCGCGGCCAUCGCGGCCUGCAGGCCUUCAUGGAGUCCCUGGAGUUCUACCACCCAGAGCAGUUCACACAGCUGACCGGACGGGAGCCCACCCAGCGCUGUUCCUGCCUGCUAGAGGAGGACGGUCCGGAGGGCCUGACGCAGUUCCUGCUGCUGGAGGUGCGUAAGCUUCGCGAGCAGCUGCGUGCGAGCCGCGUGUGCGAGCGGCGCCUGUCGCAGCGGUGCCGCGUGGCCGAGGAGGAACGCAGCUGUGCCGAACGAAAGGCCCAGGAGCUACGCACUGACCGCAUCCAGCUGGAGAGGCUGAGGCAGGACUGGGAGGUGAGCAGCCGAGAGCUGAGCAGGCUGAAGGACAGGAACCUGGAGCAGGCCGUCAAGUACUCGCGCGCCCUGGAGGAGCAGAGCAAGGCCUCCGGCCGGGAGAGAGAGCUCCUCAACCAGGUUGAACAGCUGAGGAGCCGACUGCAGGAAGCGGAGAGGACUGCUGAAGGAAACCAGUCCAACAAUAACAACACCGUCCCCAGCAAACGCAUCAGCACGGCCUCCCUCACCCUGGACAUCAUAUCACAGCUGCCCAAGACUGUCAACGAAGUGGACCUCCAGAAAAACCAACACAUCGGGACUCAAGCCCUGUUGGAUAUCCUGCAGCAGGAUCGCAGGGAGGCGGCCGAGCAGAGGCAGGAGCUGUGCAGCACCAUCGUCAAACUACAGGGGGAGCUGGAGAGCGCCGAGACGCAGAUGGAGAAACUGGAGUCUCACCAUGAGCAGCUGCAGCUGAAGGUGCAGACCCUGCAGCUGGACUGGGAGACGGAGCAGAAGAGGAGUGGCUCUUACUUCAACCAGAUCAUGGAGCUGGAGAAGGAACGAGAUCAGGCCCUGCGUAGUCGGGACAGCCUGCAGCUGGAGUUUACCGACUGUCUCUUGGACAAGAAUCGCCUGCGCAAGCGCAUCACGGAGCUGCAAGCCAGCACGGAGCAGCUGCAGAGAGAGCUGGAGGGGGAGAAGAAGAAGAGCAGGCAACCCAGCAGCGCCCCCUGCCAUCACUGUUCUCACCUGUCGUUGUUUAGUGAAGAGCAAUGCUUUGAUCCUUGCUGUUCUCUGAGCCUAAGCACCCUCUCUGGCAGCACACAUCAGUUACUCUGCAAGUCCCCCUCUGGUGGUCAACACAGUGAAAAAUCAGAAGCAGGUUCCAGAUUCAAUUCCGAGGAGAAUCUCUUGAGUCCUCUCAGAGACAGUGAGAAAGAAAUCAACAGGCUAUCAACCUUCCCCUUCCCUCCCCAUGUCAACUCCAUUAAUCGGAGAGUCACUACUGAGUUUGACCUGGACUCUUGGGGCAGUGAUGAGACUGAGAAUAUGUCAGAAUCUGUAGACAGUGAGGCGAGUAGCCCGUCCCUGUGGGACUCCUGGACGUCUCUGCAGUCCCAUCUGUUUCCCCCUGACCUGAUCAGCCUGCCUCCAACCACCCCCAGCAAGCCAGCUCCAUCAUCACCCGAGCCUGACAGUAUCCCGUCAUCGCCCGUCACACCCACGUCCCCCAGCACCUUCAGUCUGGCUGAUGACAUCACCAUCGUCGGGGGCAACAACACGGGCAUAUUUGUAAAGAGAGUCAAGCCCGGCUCCACUGCUGACCACUGUGGCCUCAAGGAAGGCAGUGAGCUAUUGGAGCUGCAACAGGUUCUGUCAGGGGAUGAUGGGGUCAUGCUCUCCCAGUGCACAGGGGAGGUGGCACAUUUCUCCCUGCGGUGGUGGACAGAGCCCUCCUCUCUCAAGCACACAUACAACCCAGAAGGUUACUCCAAGCUGUGUGAGCAGAUGUCAUGCCCCUCCUUCACUGGGCCGGACUCCUUCUAUGUGCGCGUCAACCUGGACAUGAACUCCAACUGUGACCCUCCCUGCCUGGGCGUCAGCUGCAACGACAUCCUGCACGUCACAGACACGCGCUACAAGGGGAAGUACCAGUGGCGCUGCUGCCGUGUGGACCCACGCACAGCCAAGGCCAUGCAGGUCGGGGCCGGGGCCAUACCCAAUUACAACAGGGCUCAACAGCUGUUACUUGUGAAGUUGCGUACAUUGACCAAAGGACAGAAGAACAUAAGGCGGAAGUUCGGCAGAAGGAGUUCAGAGGAAGUGCGACUGGUCAAGGCCGUCUCUCCAAACCUGCGCACCACCUCCACCUCUCAGGUCCUCUACACACUCAGCAAACGCCAUGAGGAUAAUCUGAUUCCGUACAGCAUGGUGCAGCCGAUACAGGUUCAGUCCAAGCGGCCUGUGAUCUUCACGCCCUCACUUCUCUCCCAUGGAGUUAUUGAACGGCUACUUCAGCCUGCUCGCUCUGGCCUUGACUUCAACACCUGCCAUCCAGAGCCAAUCCCCGGGUCAGAGAGACUCGACAAAAAGGUCUUCCUGCUUCAGUCUGAGCAAACUCUGGGAAUACGACUGCAGUCUAUACAGGACAUCAUUAGCCAGGACAGGCACUGUCUGCUGGAAUUGGGGCUUGGGAGCGUGGAGGCCCUGCUGAGACAGGGUAUUUAUCCCAUCGUCAUCCACAUCAAACCCAAGGACAAGAGGGGCCGCAAGUUCAAGAAGCUACUUUGCGGGCGCAGUGAAGACGAGGUGAUGGCGGUGUGCCACUCGGAGGAGCUGCAGCUGGAGACUUUGCCUGUGCUCUACCACACUCUACAGCCAGGGAGCUGGAGCUGCACCGAAGACCUCUUGGACACAAUACGCAAUGCCAUCCACAACCUGCAGAGGGCAGUGGUGUGGGUCGAGCUGGACAGACUUGGAUAGCUGUUCAAGAAAUAUAAAUAAAUUCAUUCAUGAAAUGAAACAGAGCCAAUUAUAAAGCACUCAUCUGUGAUGGUGUUAACACUGGAGUGCCAAUAGAAUGGAAGCAUGACAAGAGGUGCGCUAGGGAGUAACAGGUCAUCAAAGGGGCAUAACCACUCUCCAGGACUUGUUUUUGUGGUCUGGGACACAUUUUGAGCCUAUAGGCCCACAAUUGUAUUGUUGUUGUUUUUUUUAUCAGUGAUGGGCUGGCAAGAAAUGACUGCCAGCUAUAGGUUACUAUUCCACUGUGUAUACUGUACUGUAGGUUACUAUUCCACUGUACUGUGCUAUACGUCCACUGCACUGUAUACUAUUAUUGUGUUACAUAAAGCCAACCCCAGAUAUUUUGUGUACACUUUUGAAAUAAUUGGAGAAUGACUGGGGGGCACACACAAGAAGACCCCCCCUUCCUCCUACUUUGGUCAAGCAAAGCCAGUAGCUGUGGCCCAGCCUAUUGCAGAGCAGUUGUAGUGUCAACACAUUUAAUUAAGUUUGAACCGUCAUCUGAAUUGUAAAGUCUAUUUUUGUGCCCAGGUGGCAGCCCACAAUAAAAAGAAACUGU